AUGGUGAAUUUCGCUAUUCUCAGCUGUCAUAUCUUGGGGUUUCUCUCCUUGUUCGAGAGCACCAGAGAAACGCUCAGGGACAACAAACACUUCGACAUCAAGAGUCUACUCCGGAAAAAACGGUAUUUGGUUUAUCCCAAUCCACUCGGCAGCGAAACUAAACUACAGGUACUUUUCGGAUUAGGUCUCCCCAUGGAGGGAGACAUAGCCCUAAUUCUCGGGUACGUCCUGAAAUGCAACUACAAUUUUCCCUAUAACGGCUCCAUUUUCACUGAACCGUACAUUCGAUAUCAGAGAGAUGUCUUCAAGGAUGAAAAACCCGUAUCGAGAUGGAGUCUCUACCGAUUGUUAGCGACUGCAAUGGAAACAUUUGGCUCGGGAAGAGUGUGCUUGCUCCGAGCGAUUUGCGAGGCUGCCGAGAGCCCCUUCCGGAGAUCCCACGGACUCCUGGGUGAGCUUCUCCACGUCCUACUGACACCGUCGAGUACUUCAGAGGAGCUCGAGGUUCACGAGGAUCAUGAGUAUCACAGGGCAGAGCUGAUGGGAAGGGGGUAUCGGGGGGCUUGCAGCAGGGCGUUCUCGGAGUGUGUCAAGAGUCCUCUGGACUAUUUCACAAGUUUAUGA